CCCGCGGUGAUUGUACAAUGCUCACGCAAUUUAACCGCAAGGUCAUUUCGACCACUUGACAGCCGUGUUAGGACCUUAUGUAGUUUAAAGAGUGUUCCUAAUUCACUAAAUUCACAAACAAUGUCCUCUCCGACUCAGUGUGAAAAGAAUGUAGAAGAUUGUAAAAAGGUGGAUUUAACCGCAGUAAGUUUCUAAUAUAUGAAACGAAAAAAAAACAAACUGAUGUGUUCUUCUUCCACUAACACAGAAACUGCUACCUACCGUUGUUCGAGCUGUUAAACUAUCUCAAGAAUUUCCCGUGUCCGAUACACCUGCUUAUAUUUAUUACAAUGAUUUUCCUCAAUAUAAAGCUAUCGCAAAUGGACAAUCGAAAAAGAUACUUACAAUUUUACAGAAUAUUCUAGACAUGUUAGACGCUAAAGCUAAUAUUCUAGAUGUUCCAGUCAUGAAAAAUAUGCAUGAGAAAUUCACUUCUAUUGUUGAUGCAAAUGAUCGGAUACUGGAGAAAUUGGCAUUAGCAAUGGAUUUUGAAGAAGAUCCUCAGCGUAAAGAGUUUUUUUUGAAAACAAAAUCUGAAGAUUUGGUCGUUGCUGUUCAUCGAAAAAAUAAAACAUCGCUGGAAUGGUUAAAAACUAAAAAUUCGAGUGAAGAAAAUAAUGAACGAGUUGUUGAUUCUUCAGAAAAUUCACUCAAACUAUUAUCUUCAAAACAUAUUGUCCGACCACAAACAUCAUUUUCCACUCCACCAGACAAUUCAUACGCACCAUUUCGUCCAAGAAUCAAAUCAAAACCGAAUUGUAUUCAACCACUUCCUGAAUUACUCAUUGACAAUUAUGACGAAUUGAUCGAUUAUCCUCAUCCAUAUAAAGCGGAAUUAGAAGCAUUUGCCAAUAGUCUAUCGAAUUGGAAUGAAUUCAUAUCAGAUGAGUUCCUGCCUGUGAAGAAAUCUUUAGAUUCAUCCUAUUUGUAUGUUGAUACAUUGGAUACACUUGAACAAACAAUGAAAUCACUUUCAGCAUGUAAAUAUAUUGCAGUUGAUUUGGAACAUCAUAGUUUUCGAAGUUUCUUAGGUAUUACAUGUUUAAUACAAAUGAGUACACUGGAUAUGGAUUACAUUAUUGAUGCAUUAGCUCUACGUGAUCAUUUGUCCAUAUUGAAUGAAGUAUUUACUAAUCCAAAAAUUGUUAAGGUGUUUCAUGGAUCCGAUUCCGACCUAAUGUGGUUACAACGAGAUUUCGGUGUGUAUAUGAUCAACUUAUUCGAUACAGGUAUCGCUGCUCGCCUGCUACAACAUGGUCGUUUCUCACUUAGUUAUCUGUUGCAACGAUAUGUUGGUAUAUGUCCGAAUAAGAAAUAUCAACUAGCUGAUUGGCGUAUAAGACCUCUUCCGAAUGAAUUGAUUGAAUAUGCACGAACUGAUACACAUUAUUUAUUACAUAUUGCAAGUCGUAUGUGUCGUGAAUUACAAGAUAGAGAUUUAUUAUUAGUUGCUGUUGAACGAGCAAGAAAAUUAUGCUUUAAAUGUUACACCAAACCUGUAUUCAAUCGACUUGGUUAUUUGGAUCUUUAUAAACAAACUGGCAGUAACAGUUUCAGUCAUCGUCAAUUAUAUGCUUUAGAAAAUCUUUAUGCUUUACGUGACUCGAUAGCUAGACGAGAAGAUGAAAGUCUCCAUUAUGUUUUACCAAAUCAUAUGUUAAAAGUAAUCGCUGAGGUAUUACCUCGUGAAAGUUCUGGUAUAUUUGCUUGUUGUAAUCCUAUUCCUCCUUUGGUACGUAAAUAUGUUCAUGAUUUGCAUAAAAUUAUAAUGGAUGCAAGAAAUUUACCAAUUACAGAUUUGCCUCUUACUUCGGAAAAAUCAAAAUUAUCUUCAACACAAUCAAAUUUAUUACAAGAAAGCGAUGAGAAGUCAUCUGUAAAUAAGGUGGUAACAAUGGAAAACGGAAAUUAUGCUCUACCUCAUGAUUCCUCACAUGGAAUUCAUUUACACGUAAACAGUUCAAAUGAUGAUAAUCAUGUCAAUUGUACAGAAUUAUCAACUAACAAGAAAUUAUCAAUGUUGGCAUUAGCUUUUCUACCGAAAAAUUGUUUAACAGAAAUUACAAUUAAUUAUGAACAACAGUUAAAAUCCACUGGUUAUAUGAAUCUAGUAACUCAGAAGAUUACAUGUUGA